AUGCCCAUCUCCAAGAUCCACGCACGCACUGUCUAUGACAGCCGUGGAAACCCCACGGUCGAGGUAGACAUUGUCACUGAGACUGGCCUGCACCGCGCCAUUGUUCCUUCUGGAGCCUCCACUGGUUCUCACGAAGCCUGCGAGCUCCGCGACGGAGACAAGUCCAAGUGGGGAGGCAAGGGUGUUACCAAGGCCGUCAGCAAUGUCAACGAUGUCAUUGCCCCGGCACUCAUCAAGGAGAAAAUCGACGUGAAGGACCAAUCUGCUGUCGAUGCUUUCCUCAACAAGGUAUAUAUAUUCAGGCUCGAUGGUACCAAGAACAAGACCAAUCUCGGCGCAAAUGCUAUCCUCGGUGUGAGUAUGGCAGUUGCUAAGGCUGCGGCCGCCGAGAAGGGCGUCCCUCUCUAUGCCCACAUCUCCGAUCUUGCUGGCACGAAGAAGCCCUACGUCCUACCCGUGCCUUUCAUGAACGUUCUCAACGGCGGCUCACACGCCGGUGGUCGUCUCGCUUUCCAGGAGUUCAUGAUUGUUCCUUCUGAGGCUCCUACUUUCUCCGAAGCAAUGCGUCAGGGCGCCGAGGUUUACCAGAAGUUGAAGUCCUUGGCUAAGAAGACCUACGGACAAUCGGCGGGUAACGUCGGAGACGAGGGUGGCGUAGCUCCCGACAUUCAGACUCCUGAGGAAGCCCUUGAUCUGAUUACUAAGGCGAUUGAUGAGGCUGGUUACACGGGCAAGAUCAAGAUCGCAAUGGAUGUCGCAUCCAGCGAGUUCUACAAGGCAGAUGAGAAGAAGUACGACCUCGACUUCAAGAACCCAGACAGCGACAAGAGCAAGUGGCUCACUUAUGAGCAACUCGCCGAUCUCUACAAGUCACUUGCCUCCAAGUAUCCCAUCGUUUCGAUUGAGGAUCCCUUCGCUGAGGAUGACUGGGAGGCAUGGUCUUACUUCUUCAAGACCUCAGACUUCCAGAUUGUUGGUGACGAUCUGACUGUCACUAACCCCGAGUUCAUCAAGAAGGCUAUUGAGCUCAAGUCGUGCAAUGCUCUUCUGCUCAAGGUCAACCAGAUCGGCACCAUCACUGAGGCAAUCCAGGCUGCCAAGGAUGCUUUCGGCGCCGGAUGGGGAGUGAUGGUCUCCCACAGGUCCGGAGAGACUGAGGAUGUCACCAUUGCCGAUAUUGUCGUCGGACUGCGGUCUGGUCAAAUCAAAACCGGUGCGCCCGCUCGUUCCGAGCGACUCGCCAAGCUAAACCAGAUUCUGCGCAUUGAGGAGGAGCUGGGCAGCAACGCCGUCUAUGCUGGCGAGAAGUUCAGGACUGCUGUCAACCUGUAA